GGGGAGAGCGGUGUUGGCCAUAGAGACGUGGGGAGACUGGAGGCCGAGGCUUGGGGACCAGACUGUCAUCAGUGUCUUCUGCCAGACCCUGUGCGCUGCGCCCUCAGAGGCCGAUGAAGAGAAGCAGAAGGGAGAGGUCACACCGACAAAUCUGAAGCGGGUUUGCCAGAGGAGUGUACCCGUCUCCCUGGCCUGGGCCACCCGGUCCACAGGGAUCCCAUUUCCGGCCCUACGCCCCGCUCCACGAUCCCAUACAGGCGCUGCAGCUGUGUUCUGCAGGCUGCAGGGACGCGCUGAGACGAAUCCCCGGACGAGGUGAUGGCUGGGCAGGCGGAGGAGGCGGGAGCCCAUUGUCCCGAGGGCUUGUGGCCUCUGCCCCCGCAGGUGUCACCAAGAGUGACCUACACACAAGUGAGCCCAGGACAGGCUGAGGAUGUCACCUUCCUCUACCACCCCUGUGCCCACCCCUGGCUGAAGCUCCAGCUUGCCCUCCUGGCCUAUGCUUGUAUGGCUAACCCCUCCCUCGCCCCUGACUCCAGCCUCACGCAGGAUCGGCCGCUGGUGCUGACUGCAUGGGAGCUGGCGCUGGAGAUGGCCUGGGUAGAGCCAACCUGGGCCGCCCACUGGCUGAUGAGGAGGCGGAGGAGGAAGGAGAGGAAGAAGAAGGCAUGGAUCUAUUGUGAAAGCCUUUCAGGGCCUGUGCCCACCGAGCCAACCCCGGGUAGAGGGAGGCUGUGCCGGAGAGGGUGUGUGCAGGCCCUGGCUCUGGCCUUCGCUCUGCGGAGCUGGCGGCCCCCUGGCACAGAGGUGACAUCUCAAGGGCCCAGGCAGCCCUCUCCCAGUGGUGCCAAGAGGCGGAGGCUGCGGGCUGCCCUUGGUCCCCAGCCCACUCGCUCAGCCCUGAGGUUUCCCUCUGCUUCCUCAGGGAGCUUGAAGGCCAAGCAGCCCAUGGUGGGAAUCCCUGGUAGGGAGAGUAAUGCCCCAUCUGUGCCCACUGUCUCCCUCCUGCCCGGGGCACCUGGAGGCAGUGCCAGCUCCAGGACAGAGGCUCAGGUGCUCAACGGGCAAGGCAGCCCUGGGGGCUGUGUCUGUUCAAGUCAGGCUUCCCCAGCCCCUCGCGCAGCAGCGCCUCCACGGGCAGCCCGCGGUCCCACCCCACGCACUGAAGAGGCCGCCUGGGCUGCCAUGGCCCUGACCUUCCUGCUGGUGCUGCUCACCCUGGCCACGCUCUGCACACGGCUGCACAGAAACUUCCGACGCGGGGAGAGCAUCUACUGGGGGCCCACAGCGGACAGCCAGGACACAGUGGCUGCUGUGCUGAAGCGGAGGCUGCUGCAGCCCUCGCGCCGGGUCAAGCGCUCCCGCCGGAGACCCCUCCUUCCGCCCACGCCGGACAGCGGCCCGGAAGGCGAGAGCUCGGAGUGAUGGCCUAGUACCUGCCACUGUGGCAUGUGGCUCUUCCCCGCACCUCUGCCACGUGGACCUCUGCCACGUGGACCGCGCGCUGGGCGCCCCCUGGUGGCGGCGGCACGGCCCUGACAGAGCAUCCUUGUUGGUUGCUGGGUGGGCGGCCAAGGGGAGAAAAGGAGCCGCUUCUGCCUCCCUUGCCAAAACUCCGUUUCUAAUUAAAUUAUUUUUCGUAGA